AUGGCGAAGCGCGACGCCUCCUCUCUCCUCUCCCUCGCUUUCGCGAUUGCCCUGUGUGGGGUGUCUCUUCCUGUCUCCUUCGACUGGGCUGUAGGCCAUCAACUGUCUCCACCCUCCAUCGGCUCUCCCGUGUUUCCUGCCUCCCGCGCCGCCUCCCAGCCUACCAACCAUCUGCCUCUCGCCUUCGUCAAGCCUGCGCCGAGGCAUGUCCUGAACUUCCCUUCUUCCUCCAUCUCUCCUUCUUCUCCUGCUUCUCCUUCUUCUCCGUCUUCUCCUUCUGCUCCGUCUUCUGGUUCGCCGGCCUCUCUGUCGACUUCGGCGUCCGUGUCACAGAUGGACAGGCUCUCCGCCGGAAGUCCGUUGGAAGCGGCGUCUUCACAGCGGCUGCCUGUGCAAAUCCAAGAGGCCGUCGUCGACGGCGAAUUCGUGAACGGCAAAAGCGUGAAAGAUUGGAAAGUGGAACGGUCACUCUACCAGGCGCUCCACAUGGCGCUGGCCGAAGAACUCGCGCGAGAUCCCAAUGUGUGCGUCAUGGGUGAAGAUGUAGGGCACUAUGGCGGCUCGUACAAGGUGACGAAGGAUUUCCACGCGCGGUUUGGCAACUUCAGGUGUAUGGACACGCCGAUUUGCGAGAACACCUUCACGGGCAUGGCGAUCGGCGCAGCGAUGAACGGCCUGCGACCAGUUGUCGAGGGGAUGAACAUGGGGUUUCUUCUCCUCGCUUUUAACCAAAUCGCCAACAACGCCGGCAUGGUGCGAUACACCAGUGGAGGCGCCUUCGACGUCCCGGUCGUCAUUCGCGGCCCCGGCGGUGUCGGCAAGCAACUGGGCCCCGAACACUCUCAGCGAAUCGAGGCAUACCUCAUGGCAGUGCCGGGGCUCAAGAUUGUCGCGUGUUCGACGCCCUACAACGCGCGCGGUCUGCUAAAGUCCGCCAUUCGCGAAGACAACCCGGUGGUUUUUUUCGAGCAUGUCUUGACUUACAACAUCAAGGAAGAAAUCCCGCUGCUCCCGUACACGCUCCCCCUGGACAAGGCCGAAAUCGCCCGAGAGGGCUCCGACAUCACUGUGCUCGCCUACGGCAAACUCCGCCACGUCGCCCUCGAGGCCGCGCAGCAACUUGAGAAACUCGGCUUAUCUGCGGAAGUCGUCGACCUCAUUUCUCUGAAACCUCUCGACAUGGAGACCAUUCGCGCCAGCGUCAAAAAGACUGGACGAUGCAUCAUUCUCGAUGAAAGCAGCCGCACAGGAGGGAUUGGCGGCGAAAUAUUUACUCAGGUGAUGGAGAAUUGUGCCGACGAUUUGCUUGAGGUUCCCAUUCGCUUAGCAACGAAAGACAUUCCCACGCCGUAUGCGGCUAAGCUGGAGGAGGCGACGAUCGUAACCCCGCAAGACGUGGUGAACUCUGCUCUGUGGCUAGCGUCCAAGCGCGGCCUGCCGAAACAGGCGUAG